CGUCUGCUUGCAACAGCAGGGGGAAGAAAACACCGUGAUCAUAAACAACAUCGAGUGAAAAACAGUCGUUGAGAGUAGCCGCGUAUUGCCGUGUAUACAAAUACAGCUCGUCAGCCUCCCUCUUUGCAGUGAACUUCACAGUGGAUGAGACGACUAUGUUUGGAAAACUACUAACCCAGAUGUUUGGUAAGGGUGACAGUGCAGAUGUAAUUGAAGCCAAUACUGCCGCGGAGGAGGACAAAGUGUGUGAAGAUGUGUAUGAGCUGGAAGAUGGAGAGUGGGUUAUCAUCAACAUUCAUGAGAACCACGGUCUGGCCCUGCCCGAAGUGGACUCCCUCGAGGAUUUGUUGAUUGAGCAUCCCAGCAUGUCCGUAUAUAAGAUGCGGCGUUGGAAGAGCCAGGAGAAGACGGAAACCAAGGAGAAGGAGAAAUGCUCUCAAAGGUUGGCGCCUGACAGGCGCCAAGUCCCCUGGAGGAUGAUGCCCUGGGCCAAACUCUUGACCCCUGACGUGCACCUCUUCAAUGUCCAGAGGGCUCGGCCAUACACGGAGCGCAGGAAGUUGACCCGUGGCGCUCUCCACAGGAAGAACCUGGCCGAGAUCCGCUUUUCUGCUUCUGAGAAGCGCUACGGUCACUUCAAGCAGCCUCCGCGGCGCGUCUAUAACUACUAAGCUCCGCCUCCUUCGGCCAUGUCACAACCGUGCCUACGACCUUCCCCACAAUCUUCGAAUUUCCGAAGCCCUCCAUGAUGCUAACCUUGGGUUUAGACGCGGGUUUAUGUCCUACUCCAGUGAAACAGGAAGUGAAAUGGUCAGUUUGUUGAUUUAAUGAAUACAAAGCCAAACAUGUCCGUUACACGCCAGCGAGAGUACCGACUAUGACACACAUGGCACACAUAUGUACCUCUGCCACACAGCAUGAACUUUAAAUGAGGCAUCUGUUGAUUUGAGCAAGCAUUUGACAAAGUGACAUUUUGUUACUUUGGAAGAAAAUCUCUGUGAAAUGUCAUUUAGAAGCUUCUAUAAACGUUUUAUAUCCUAACCUUUUGACAACAUAUCUCGAGUGGUAGGCAAAAACCUUUAUCACAUUUAUACUACUCUGUACCUGUGGAUGUCCAAAGCCUACCUGCUGUAUAAGAUUGUGUUUGCUCAGUCUUUGUUGUGCGCUCUGAUGGAGCCCGUUAUAUCCUGGCAGGUCUGUUAAACAUGUUAUUGCUGUAUGUUUACCUGUACAGACAACUAAUUUUGUAUUUUAGCAUCAAGACUGAAAUUCAUCACACUCUUGAUUGCGUGUGUGAAAUAGUGGGUGAGGGACUUGUAAAUAUUAAAACUGUAUUUUGUAUUAAUGAUAAAUAUAUUUGAUACAGCUGAAAAAAAGUGAAAAUAAAACAAACUGAAUAUG